AUGGUGCGCAGAUAUACCACUUACAAAGAGCGUAUUAGGCCAACUGCGUCUGCACGUCGACGUGGCUACAAACAUGCUACUUCUUCAGAACAGCAAGUUGUAGAGGAGCCGUGUCAAGAAUUAGAGGAUCCCCGUCUGUAUGUUAUCCAAGAUAUUGGAGCUGAUGACGUGGAUGUAAACGGAUUUCCUGAUGGUCCCAUUGACACUCUUGUUCUUAAGACAUAUACGGACCAUGUGGCCGGUGGACUUUGGGAUGAAGUGAGUCGAGGUGAGGAAAGAGAUGACAUCAACAAGCAGCUCUCGAUUGUAGAGCUAGCUUUCUCCCCCUUGAAAGGUAUAGUGCGGCCAUAUACAAAAGUACGUGUUAGACCAACCGCGUCUGCACGUCGACGUGGAUAUAAACAUGCUACUUCUUCAAAGCAGCAAGUUGUAGAUGAGUCAUGUCAGGAAAUAGAGGAUCCCCAUCAGAAUGUUGUUCAAGAUAUAAGAGAUGAUGCGGAUGUAAAUGGAUUUUCCGGUUGUCUCAAUGACACUUCUAUUCUUAAGACAUAUACGGACCAAGUGACCGAUCAACCUUGGGAUGAAGUGAGUCAAGGUGAAGAAAUAGAUGCCAUCAACAAGCAGCUCUCAAUAUUAACCAUAACAUCAUCGCCACCUACACACUCAUCCAACCAUUCAUUUCACGUGCUGCCACUUCCCACUCUUCCUUUUGACCUCAUUCAAGAAAUACUUUGUAGGCUCCCAGUGAAGUUACUCCUACAACUUCGAUGCGUCUGUAAGUCAUGGAAUUCUCUAAUCACUGAUACCAGUUUUACCAAGAAGCACCUUAGCAUGUCAACCACGCGUCACAUUCAUUUUGUAAGAUACUACGAUCCCUCUAACAAGUACAUUCUCACAUCUUACCCGCUCCACUCUAAUUUCUCCACCAUGUUCACGAAUGUCACGCGGAUGGAGUACAAUCCGAACAAUUAUACUCCAAACAGUUCAUGCUACAUUGUUGGUUCUUGUCAUGGUAUCCUCUGUCUUGCACACUUCUACGAUGAAGGUUUCAUUCUAUUGUGGAACCCUUCAAUUAGAAAAUUUAAGGAAUUGCCCUCUUUUCAAAAGCCAAAUGCGAUUAGUGACACUAGGAUGACAUUUGGCUUCGGAUACGAUCCUAUUAUGGAUAAUUACAAGGUGGUGGUUGUUUUAGGAUUCUCUGUAUGGUUUAAUAAUGGUGAUGUAGUUGACAAAACUGAAGUGAAGGUUCAUACAUUGGGUACAAAAUUUUGGAUAACUAUUCAAGAGUUUCCUUUUGGUUGUAUCCCGUAUGAGCUAUCAGGGAAAUUUGUGGGUGGCACUAUUAACUGGUUGGCUUCUAAAGUUGGUCUAAGAGAAAGUCCAUGUUUUAUUGUUUCUCUUGAUUUGGGAAAUGUGUCUUACCAAGAGGUUUUACUACCUGAAUUUGGAGAGGUAGAUUUCAAUUACUUGACUUUGGGUGUGUUAAGGGAUUGCUUGGGCUUGAUUUCCGAUCAUGAUGUUUGGAUUAUGAAGGAAUAUGGAAAUAAAGAGUCUUGGAUUAAAUUGUUCACUGUAUCUUACAUGGAAGAUCCAUUUUACAUGUGGGGUCCUAGUAAGUCUUAUGCUUUGACCAAGGUAGUAUAUAUUUUUGAGGAUGAGCAAGUGUUGCUUGAAUCUAACGGGAGUUGGUCUAAGAAGUUGGUUGUCUAUGAUCCAAAGGAUGAUAUGUUUAAGCUUCAAUAUAACUGUGCUUAUAACCUAAGUGAUGGUGCUCCUGAGGUCUAUGUUGAGAGUUUGUUAUCACCUUGGUCUUAA